AUUCAAUCAGGGAUGAUAUAUUACGAUGGUUGAAUCGGAAGCCGGUUGCGCUGCUUCUGCGGCUCCUGAUCUUGGGAAAAUUAAACCAAGGCAUUAUCGACAAGUUUCAGAUGUGACCAUACCAAUCCAUACAGAUAGCACAUAUUCGACUACCAGCAAAUCUACCAUGCCGUUUUGUCGCCGAUGGUGUUUGUGUUGCAGGCAAACAAUGUGGUCAAAUAAAUUUUGGAUGGUAUUCACGGCAUCCACUUGGGGUUUCUUAUCUAAUGUUGAACGUGCUGUGAUAUUACCUACGCUCUGGCUAUAUCUUAAAGAAUACUGGGGAGCAGAUGUCGCUAAUACUCAUUAUGGAACUACCGUUGCGGCGUUCAGUUUGUCUAUUCUUAUUAUGACCCCUAUAUACGGUCUUGCUUCCUAUUCUGGUGUUCGCGUAAAGACACUUCUAAUGAUCGCAAAUCUUCUGGAAAUCAUUGGGAAUCUUAUUUACUUGUUUGCUCCGGUCCCUUCAGCAGUUAUUUUGGGCAGGCUGAUUUCUGGAAUUGGAGCUAGCUGUGAACCUCCGCUUUACGCGGACAUUGUAAGAGCUACAAAUCGAGAUGAACGUACCACAUACAUUAUUGUAUUACUACUUACGCGUCAAAUUGGUCUCAUUUUGGUCCUUCGUUUACAUUGAUGAUGGCUAAAAUGGAUUAUCGUGUGGCGAACUUUGCACUCAAUGUCUACAAUGGGCCUGGGCUUCUAAUGGCAAUAUUAUGGCUUUUACACUCAUUUGUUAUAUUAUUCUCAUAUCCAAAUGUUGAUAAAAAUGGCAGAGUUAUUUACAAUAAUGGUCAACGGUCCUGUUGCGACCGUGAGAAUUGGAUACAGCCUAAUGAACAACCGAAGGAGGAUUCUCGACCAAUGCUUAGUGACUCUACUGAUUCGCUAAACUCUGGUCGGUUUAGUACUACUGUUAUAAACAGUUCUUUACGACAUUACCUAUCGUUUAAUAUAAUUGCUCUUUACUGUGUCAAUUUCGCAGCAUACUUCAGUUUUAUGAGCUUAGAAGCAGCAUUACCACCAGUAGCUAACCGUAUAUUUCAAUGGACUGAAGUGGAAACGAGCUAUGUAUAUCUUGCUGCAAGCAUUUUGAUUAUCUUCGUGGUAAUAUUGCUACGUAUUCUUAAUCAAUUUUAUACGGAUCGUGUCUUACUAUUAGCAGGUCUUGUUACUAUGGUGAUUUCUUACUUUUGGUUGACUGUAACAGUUUAUUUACUUCCUGAAAUUCCUGUGCGAAUGGGUAUUCCUUUGACGCUCGCAGGUAUUGCAAUACAUGUACUUGGAAUACCUUUCACAUAUGCUUAUUCAGAAUCCUUGUACACAAAACUUGCUCCAGUUUCUGAUAUGGAUCGAGCACAGUCUAUUUUCCGUACUGUUAUAAACGUAGCCUUCUUAGUUGGACCCUAUGUUGGAGGUUCUUUAAUUGGAUAUCCAACUUUAGUGUUCCUGUCUAUGUUUCUAUUGUCAAGUUUCCCUACAUUGCUCGUUGCUUGUCGAUUCAAAGAUUUCAUUGUUAAUGAUAGACCUAGUUCACCAAGUGAAUUGGAGAUAGCAAAAGAAAGCUAGUAGCUUAUAUAUAAGCGAUCUAAUCAUAUGUCUUUCGUCUUCAUUGCACAAAUUACUGUAAAAAAUGAUUCCUAAUCACAAUAAUGGACUUAAUGUUCACCGUUAUGAAUCAAAGGGACAUUGGUCGUUUUAAUAAUUUAUUCUUAAGGUUUGUUUUACAGACUACUGUCUUUGUAAAUUAAUUAUUUACUAAUAUGAAUCACAUAUUUUUAACUAU